CAGAAUAGAAAAAUCAAAGGAGAAAACAGAGAGCAAAAUGGCGGUACUUCUGAGAAACUUCCCCACUACCACUUCCUUUAGCCAUAGUGCACAUCUGACUUCUCCUCCACCUUCUCCUGACUCGUUUCAGUUUGUGAUUUUCCUCCGAUAGUGGAAGCUUGCCAAUUUCUCUCCUGUUCUUAGUGCUUUUCCAACCAUUUCGCUGCCAAUAAUCUCAAAGCUUCCUAGCAGGAUCUCAUAACUUUCAUCCCAACAGAACCAGAACAGCCGCCAAGGAGGAAGCAAUUCAGAUUUCGCCUCCACGCUGUUUUUGUGUUCCCUGUCUCUGCUGCAACUAAGCAGAUAUGGGAACUGUGGAUGAGAAAGUGGAAGUUGCAAUUGAAUCUGGUGACGAGGAGAUGGAGAUCCUGUUCAGUGGCACCUCCUCACCAACAAGGAGGAAAGCAGUAAAUUUUGAUUUGGAGAGUGAGACAUCGCCACUGAGUUCAUCCAAUCACUCCCAUAUGAAUACUUCUUCUGAUCAUUUGACCAACUCCUGGAUUGUCAAGCGGAUGGAGAUGAGCCCUUUCAGGACAUUUUACAUUGUUUUGAUCAGAGCCAAGAUCAAUAUCUUGCUCCCUUUUGGUCCCCUAGCAAUCUUGCUUCAUUACUUCACUGGAAAGCAUGUAUGGGUUUUCUUCUUUAGUUUAGUGGGGAUUAUACCUCUCGCCGAGCGGUUGGGUUAUGCCACUGAGCAGCUUGCAUUCUACACUGGACCAACAGCCGGUGGUCUUCUGAAUGCAACCUUUGGAAAUGCCACUGAAAUGAUAAUAUCCAUUUAUGCACUAAAGAGUGGAAUGGUACGAGUUGUUCAGCAAUCUCUGUUGGGGUCCAUCUUGUCUAAUAUGCUCUUGGUGCUUGGAUUUUCCUUCUUCACUGGUGGGAUUGUACAUUGUAAGAAGGUUCAGGUUUUCAAUAAGGCAGCUGCUGUAGUGAAUUCUGGACUAUUAUUAAUGGCUGUGAUGGGGAUAAUGUUCCCAGCCGUGCUUCACUUCACACGCACUGAAGUUCAUUUUGGGAAGUCAGAAAUGGCGCUUUCAAGAUUUAGUAGCUGCAUUAUGCUAGUGGCUUAUGGAAGCUACCUCUUCUUCCAACUUAAGAGUCAGGAUAAUCUUUACAACCCUAUUGAAGAGGUAGUGAAUAAUGAUCAAGAAGGUGCCGAUGAAGAAGAAGCACCGGAAAUAACUCAGUGGGAGGCAAUUGGUUGGCUUGCAGUUUUGACUUUGUGGAUCUCUGUGUUGUCUGGAUACCUUGUUGAUGCCAUCCAGGGAGCAUCUGAGUCACUGAAUAUGCCUAUGGCUUUUAUAAGUGUGAUCCUACUUCCUAUUGUGGGAAAUGCAGCUGAGCAUGCAAGUGCCAUCAUGUUUGCUAUGAAGGACAAGCUUGACAUCAGCCUUGGAGUUGCUAUUGGGUCCUCGACACAGAUUUCAAUGUUUGUGAUCCCAUUCUGUGUCGUCCUUGGGUGGAUAAUGGGCCAACCGAUGGACUUGAAUUUUCAACUCUUUGAGACUGCUACCCUCUUCAUCACUGUUCUAGUGGUGGCAUUCAUGUUACAGGAAGGAACCUCUAACUACUUUAAAGGCCUUAUGCUCAUCCUGUGUUACCUUAUAGUCGCCGCAAGUUUCUUCGUGCAUGUUGAUCGUUCAAGUGAUGAUGACUAGAGAGCACAGUUGGUUCGAGGGAGGUAACAGUCAAAGAGUGGAGGGCAGCUUUUAUUACAGGUUGGAAAGGAACAGUCCUUCCAAAGCUGGAAUUUGGUUUCUUGAACCAACAUUGAUGACGAAAGCUAUCCUGCACGAGAAGCCCAGUAAUCCUGCUGAUCUAUACUAGAUCAUAAUUGCAUUCUUCUUUGCCGGCUUUGUUGUGAUCAAAGCUCGAUAUGUUCUAUGACUGCCUGCAAUGAAAGUUUCUGCUUCGACAAAGAACCGGCUGCUGCACGUGUGACAAAACUUAGUACCUUAACCCCCCAAUACUCUUAACUGUUCUGUGCUUGUCAAUAUCGGAGGCCUCUGAAGCUGGUCAUGAAACAUGGCUCCCAGAAAGAUGAUCGAUGGGAACCGAAAACUGUGACGCUUUAGAUCAUGCCGAGAAAGUUAGGAUUGUAAUCCUUGUAAAGAAGAAAAGAUCUACACUUUUUUUUGUUUUCUGCCCUUCCAUGAUUCUAGAUACACAGAAGUUCAUGUGUGGGACACAAGUACGAAAGAGUAAUAUGAUCACAUUCAUACAUAUAUUGGCAAGUGUGAUAGAUAUGAACCACGAGCGCGAAAUCUACGAUCCAUCGAUCAACCGGCUUUGACGAGGCUUGCGUCAGCCUCCUCGACGAAGAGGCUGACGAGGUUCAGGUACUUGGUAGGAGCCGGCACGCUCGGGUCCCGCUUCUCGUACUCGAUCGACAGUUUCGCCACCCCCUGCUUCUUCUUCCCCUCGCCAUUGCCGUCGUCAUUGCCGCCGCCGCCGGCCACGAAUUCAUAGAUUGAGGUGUACACUUUGUAGAGCUUCAUCACAUCCCCCUCCAGCCCAUUCAGCUUCAUAAUUCUGUUGGCAUCGUCGUACUCCACUCUCUCCUUGAACACCUCCAUCUUCCCCUCUCAAGUGUAGAUCCAGAAUUUGACGGUGCCAUGAGCGUCCCAUUCGCCCUCG